AUGAUUAUCACUAAGCAGUACCGAUGCAUACAUUCAGCUAGCUGUCAAUGCUCUAAAGGUCAUUUAAGUGAAGAUGCGAUUUUCUUAGUGUUUCAUAAUUUAAAAUGGAAUCCAAAGCUGAUUGCUACUCUGUCAUGUGUGUGCAAAUGGUUUGAUGAUCUUGCCAAGCGAGUUCUAUGGAAAGAGUUUUGUGGAACAAGAGCUCCAAAGAUGUUGUGUGAUCUGCAAUCUACCGGGAGCCAUGUUGUUGAUGGGAACUGGAGGGCUUUAGGGAAGCUUCUUACAUACUGCUCGGGAUGCACAAAAGGUGGCUUGUUUAAAACCAUUCAGAACCAGAUCCCUGGCCACUUUGUAUAUCAGACUCGGUUUUCUAGAACAUCGGGGAAGAGCUUUCUUUUGCCACAUUGCAGAACUGAUGUUUUAUACGUGUCUGAUCCUUGUGAGCAUCUUGAUCAAGGUGAAGAAGAAGAUUUAGGAUUCUUCCGCGGAGUUUUUAAGUCGUUCGCAACGUCAAAGGUCCGAAAGAUGCUUAUUAGUAAAGGUGUUAAGCUCCAUCAAACAGAAGUUUGCCCUUAUUGUAAGGCGAAGCUUUGGAGCAUGCAGCAAGCGAAAAUGAUUCCUCAAAGUGCUAGUUGCAGGCUUGGUUCUUAUGAAGAUGGUAUUGAAUAUUAUGUGUGUCUCAAUGGUCACAUGAUUGGGAUAUGUACCCUAUUACCAUUGUCUGAUUCAGAAGAGGCACCUGAAUUGGAUGGAGUAACAGUUCAAUGA